AUGGUUGCCCCCGACCACCUCGCCGGCGUUGCUGCAGGGAGGAUAAGGCAGCCACGGCUCCCCCCUUGUCUCCUCGGGCUCCCCAUCCACUCCCACUUGCUCCCCUCUCCCUCUGGCCUCUCUUCCUCCCUCGCCAGAUCCACGCGCCCGAUCGCCUCCGUCGCUCUGAAGCCGCCGCGCCCGUCGUCUUCCACUACUGCGUGCUGCUACUCCUUCCACCGCCGCCUGUUUGCUGUUGCCUGCUGCUCCUGCAUCCGCCUCGCGCACCCCACCGUCCCGCCGCUGCGUCUCGCGCUCGCCGAGCACGCCUGCAGCCGCUCGUCCUUACCCACGCACGACCUCGCCUUCCCUCGCGCGCCUUGGCCAGCUCCUCGCCGCUCCCAUCCGCCCGCGCCGUCGUCGCCCGUGCAGCCCUGCCACUCCCGCCGGCGCCCUCCCGUUCACUGGCCGCGCUCGUCGCGCCUCGGGCUGCACAGCCGCUGCGUCGCCUGCGCCGACCACCACGCUCGCCUCCCCGCAGCCACCCCACAGUUCCGCCCGCCCCGUCCCGCCGACCGGGGCUACCGGCUUCGCCCUCCGUGGCCCUCGCCCCCCGCUUUGUCGGUCGAUGGCCUCGCCUGGGCAUAG